GCCCCCACCCCCUCCUGCUCCUCCCCUCCCCCACUGAGUUCAAGUUCUACAGUGAAGUGUAACUGCGAGAAUGGCCGAAAGUUCUUGGAAGAGACCUCCAUCGCCUCCAGCUAAAAAACCUCGAUCUGAGGCGAAAAGAAUAUCAGAUAGGAAGCGAGCAAAAACACGAGUUAAUCUAGGGAGUGCUUUCCACCGAUGGAGACAGCUGUUGGAUAGCAAGGAGAUGCAGUUCGAUUCUGAACUUGCGACAUUUCUUCUUGACUGGUAUGAGGGACCACAAACCUCUACGCCCAUGAAGAAACCUGUGCUGCCAACAGAUAUUGGUGUAUCCAGCAUAAGUUCAAGUGAUUCAGAUAAUUACAGGCCACCAACAAAGACAGGCAAGGAGAAGGUCAAAGAUGCACAGGAAUUGGCCAGGCUCGAGUGCAGUCUAAGUGAAAUGAGCAUUGGUGGGGAAGAAACCGUUGUUGAUGAAGGCAUCAUCAAUGACUGGCGGAACAGCACGUGAUUCAUUUGCCUUAUUUGAAGCUUGACUGCACUGCUACCUGUACAUCACAAAACUUGUCCAGUCCAACAGUGCCAAGUGAAAUGUCAGACAGGAGCAAAGUGUCACCGCUAUCCACCAUUCGAAGUACACAUCAAGAGCAGAGCCACAGCAAGUGUUUUAGAAUGGGUCUGUGCUGAUGGACAUGUUGUAUGGCGUUGGUUUUCGCAACCUGCCAUGAAAUAUGGAAUGUUGGCAGGGGAUUUUAUGCUGUCAGCAAACAUAUUGAUCUCUGGCAAUAACUACUCCAAAAUCGCCCUGCUGUUCAAGUUUAUGAACAUGGGUAUGGUUGGACGGAACACAUAUUUCACUAUUCAAGACGUAUACUGCAUCGACACCAUCAAAAAGUUUUGGAUGGAGAAGAGGGCCGAAUUGAUAGUGGGCCUACAAAACAAAGAUGUGGUUAUCCUUGCUGAUGGGAGGUGUGACACACCGGGCCACUGUGCACAGUAUUGCACCUACACAACAAUGGAGAAUGACUCCAAAAAGAUCAUAAAUGUUGUGACCGUUGACAAGAGACAGACUGAUCUCCGUUCUGCAAUCAUGGAAAAGCAGGCGUUCAUCCUGACAGUGGAUCAGCUGAUCAAGGAGGUGAAGCUGGUAGAAGUGUGCACCGAUGCCCACUGUCAAAUCAGUGCCCUAAUGGAUCCUGUGAAAGGAAAGUAUAAGGACAAUGGUAUCCACCACAGUCUGGACAUGUGGCAUGGGGCCAAGAACUUGUCAAAAAAGAUGUCUGAAGCAGCACUGGUUAAAGACCAAACGGUUUUGCUCCACUGGCUCAAGGACAUCAUAAGCGACUUCUGGUGGUGCUGCAAGACAGCUGACUCGUAUGAGGAAUUCUUGCAACUUUGGAUUGGGGUUGUCCACCACGUCUGCAACGAGCAUAAGUGGGCAAUGGGAGUGUGCAAACAUGGCCCCCUACCGGCGGACACUGAUAAGACGUGGAUUGAGAGGGACUCUAAAGCGCACAAAGCCCUUGUUGAGAUCAUCCUAAGGAAGCGGUGGCUAAAAGAUGUGCACAAGUUCUUGCGUUUCAGGUACCACAGGGUCUACAAAAAGCAUGCCAAGCAUUAUGGCGUCUACACGUUGAGGACUCCAAAGUCCUACAACUACAUUGGGGAGCUGCAGACUUCUGUGGUACAGUGUCGGCUAGAGAGUACCGGAAUGCCUAAGAGGAGACCACUUCGGACAGAUGACCCACGAAGGCUUGGCGUGCUUGCACCAGUGCCCCCCGUCCCAACAGCGGACCUUGUACAGAAACAAGUGAAGAGAGGUCUGGGAUCAGAAUUCCAGUCCAGUCCUCCCCUAUGAAGGUGUAACAAUUACAUUGCUGUUGCCCAACAGAUUGGUGUGUCAACAGGUUGAAUUUUCUGCUGCAGAUCGCCUCUUCAUUUCCUGUGGCUCACCAACAUGAAGCCUGACUCGUUAGCCCAACUUCUUGCUGUUGAAGACUGCUAAGGACUAUCCAUGUGCCCAGCUGCUUCCCUCCUGCCUCAUGUGUAUAUAGUCCAAAAGUUACAUAUCUAUUCAUGUUGUUGCACUUGGCAGAUGUAAAGUUCCUGUCUUGUAGUUUUAUAAUAAAUACCAAGAAUCAGGAUUGGUGAAACA